AUGUUUUCACGACCAGCUGUUAGAGCUUCAAGGAUUUACUGCCGCUGCUAUGCAACCUCUGCCAGUACCCCUCCGCCUAUGCUCUUGAAGAUCAGGAAUGACAUGAAGACUGCCAUGAAAAAUAAAGAUAGCAAUCGACUCUCAGUCCUUCGAUCACUCCUCAGUCAAACACUCAAUGCCUCUAAAACUUCCUCACCUAUCAAUACCGAUAUGCAGAUGUUAGCUCUCCUCCGGAAAACUGCGAAUGCCAGUCGAGCUGCAAGUGAAGAAUUCAAGGCAGCAGGUAGAGAAGAUCUAGUUGAGAAGGAAGAACAACAAUUGAAGGUCUUGGAAGAAUAUGCUAGUGGUGUUGAGACAGUUGGUGAGGAAGAGAUCAGAAAUACAGUCAAGGAUCUUGUCAAUGGAAUGAAGGCUGAGGGGGCAAAGAUGCAGAUGGGAGAUGUAUUGAAAAGAGUAUUUGCUCCCGAAGUGUUGGGAGAAAAGAAUGUAGAAAAGGGGGAGGUCGCAAAGAUAGUAAAGGAGAUUAUGGCAGCAUCAUUUCGACCAGCUACCACGGGUUAUGCCCAAAUUGCCCAAGCCGAAGAGUUCAGCGAUGACGAAGAUGAGGACCCCCUCGCUGCCAGCCAUGCUUCCUUACAACCAGCAACCGCACCACGAUAUGCCUCUAUUUCACAACCUCGACCACAUGGCGGAAUGUAUACAGAUGGAUACAGUUCACCGACAAAUAAUCGAAAGUUUGGACAUACGAGAAGGCGAAGUCGUAUGGGAAGCAAUGCCUCCGGUGUGGACAUCAAAGCUAUAAAUGCUAGAUUGGAACGAUGGGCCGACGAGAUAGCAUCCAAAUUUAAAAUCAAUAAAGUAAAGGGGAAAUCACAUCAGGAGGAAAAACUGGAAAUCCAGCACUCAGUAUUUCAAGCACCGGAAGGUAUGCGACCCGUUACUGCUGAUACUUUGGCAUCGGAGCCCGAUCAUGGACGAAUGACGAAAUCGGAAUUUGAGGAGGUUGUUGAAAGUGUUCGAGUUGCGAUUGAGCAGGGUAUGCAUCCGAAAAUGAUAUCUCAGGGUAGUUCUGGAAGUUACUUCGCUCGAAACAGUGAUGGAAAAGUAGUCGGUGUGUUCAAACCGAAGGAUGAGGAACCGUACGCCGCAGGAAAUCCGAAAUGGAAUAAAUGGAUCCAUCGCAAUUUGUUUCCAUGCUUCUUUGGCAGAGCAUGUCUUAUUCCCAAUUUGAGUUAUGUCUCCGAAGCCGCAGCAUACACGCUUGACUCCUCUGCCCCAAAGGUUGGCAGUUUCCAAGUCUUCCUUAAAGGUUUCAAGGACGCGAAUAUCUUCCUCCGUGAACACCCUUGGCCAGAUCAUGCAAAUGGAGCAUUUAGAUUGAACGAUACUCACAGAAACAAAAGAGGGUGGAAAGAGACUUGCCGUCCAGGUUCAUCAAAGUCAGACGAGGGUAAUGAAGGAGCAGGGGCUAGCAGCCCUACCGGAUCUGGAGAUGGUAAUCAAAACCGACGUUUUGCUUGGACAGAUGCAUUACAACAAUCAUUUCGAGAGGAGUUGGAGAAACUGGUUAUAUUGGAUUAUAUAAUGCGAAAUACAGACAGAGGUCUUGAUAAUUGGAUGAUCAAAAUCGACUGGGAAAAUCAGGGCGUUUCCAUCGUUUCAGACCCUCCACAAAUGAGGACCAAUCCAGACUCAGAACACGCACCACGAGUAGUUUCUAGCUCUGAUAACAUCAGCAUGUCUCAUCUACCGGCAUAUCCUUACCGUAGUCAAGAGCCUAUGGAAGCUACCAGUAGAUCGGCUACACCGUCUAGAAUGGCAGCACCAACCAUAUCCAUUGGUGCAAUUGAUAAUAGUUUAUCGUGGCCUUGGAAGCAUCCUGAUGCUUGGCGAAGUUUCCCCUUUGGAUGGUUAUUCUUACCUGUAUCACUGAUUGGACAACCAUUUUCUCAAAAAACUCGGGAACACUUUCUUCCCUUGCUUACUUCAAAGCAAUGGUGGAGCGAGACUCAGCUAGAGUUAAGAAAAGUAUUCAGUCAAGACGCAGAUUUUCAAGAACGCAUGUUCGCUAGACAGAUUGCUGUCAUGAAAGGACAAGCUUGGAAUGUCGUCGAAACCCUCAAAACCGUGGAUCAUGGUCCUUUAGAGUUGACUCGAAGACCAAGAGUUUGCGUUUGGGAUGAUCUUGUUGAUAUACCUGUUGCGGUUCCUAUGAGAGUGCCUUCUGCAGAAAUGCGAAGACGUAAUGAGGCUCGCAAUAGCCUUGAUGACGAAAUGGAUAUUAGUGCCGCCAAUGCGCCAGCACCGCAACCAGAUCUUCUUGGACUUGCAAGUCCAUCUACAGAAUUACCAAAUCCAAACCGAUUCGAGUUGGCUAGUCCACGAUAUAGCGAAGAGCCUUCCCCUGACCUCGAGUCUUCUGAGCCAACAUCUGCAAAUACAGGAUUCUCUCGAGAUAAUACUUCCAAGGAUGGAGUGAGGUUCUCGGAUCGACCACACCUUCAACAUUCUAGAAACCGUAUGAGUUAUGAUGGGCCUGCAAGGUCACCAAACGGCAACAAUUUUGAAGCGAGAAGAUUUUCAUUUGGCUCGAGGAGUCGCGGAGCUGUUCAAACAUUGUAUGAUGGUGAUGACCUCGAAGGAGACUUGGGAUAUGCAGCAGCUGAAGGAAUGGAGGGAAAUCAAAGGAAGGUCAUAGUAGAAAGACUUGAAACGGUCAAAAGCAAAAACCCCGUCUUUACAUGGUGUUAA